AAAAAGUGAAAAUUUCACAGAACUGUCAAGUUAUUUACUCGAAUAGACUAGUAUGUUUUUAGUAAAACGCGGCAAUUAAAAUUAGUUGUUUCUUGCAUUCGUUCGCGCGUUUAAGCUCGGUUUAUUUGUCUCAGCAUAUCUGCGUUCUAACCUCACUUUCGUGCGCUUAAAGUCCAAGCAACUGGACACUCGCCGUUUUCACAUACUCUGUCUCUGUUAUCCUUCAAAAUUCAGCUUAGACGUGAUUUACACGCCAUUAAAGAGGGCGUCACCAUGUUACAACACCAUCCCCAUGCAAUACCUCUUGCUGCAGCACGCAUUAAGGAUGAACCCACAACCAAUCCUCCAUUUUUCUAUCCACACAGCAAUCCCAUUGAUAACGCCGCUGCAGCUGCCGCCGCAGCCGCGGCUGGACUCAUCGAUCAACAACAUCGGGACCUACAUAAUGCGCUGGUCAAUGCAGCUGCUGUAAAUGGUACACUGACCAACACAACGGCCGCUGUCUUGAAAAGUCAAUCGGUACAACAACAACAACAGAACACCGCUGCCCAACAGACUGCUCAAGCUCAAGCAGCAGUAGCAGCAGCCCAGGCGCAACAACAUUCACAACAAAAUACAAAUAAUGCUUCCGCUCAACAACAACAGCAACAACAACAGUCGCAACAGAACGCUAUGGUGUUGUUAAAUGGUAAUGCUGGUGCAGUUGCUGGCGGAAAUAAUGGCACCACCAAUGGUGCUAUCAUAAAGACUAGUUCAUCGGGUCGCUCGACGCCAGUAAACGGCAGCUCUACAACAGAUCCAGCACCGGGCAAGCUCUUCGUUGGCGGUCUUAGCUGGCAAACAUCAUCGGAGAAGCUAAAAGAGUACUUUAACGUAUUCGGCACCGUAACCGAUGUACUCAUAAUGAAGGAUCCCGUGACACAGCGAAAUCAACAUCGGAAAGAACCGGAGGCCGUCUAACACCAAAUAAGCAAUACUGAUCAGGAACAGAAAAAAUGCAAACAGGACGAAAUUAAUGCGCAGAAAACGUACACUUCAAUGAAGCAUGCACAAUUACCCUACGUAUAUGCAUUUGCGUGUGUAUGUGUAAUUGUAUGUCAGAAUUGUGGCAUACGUGAGUUACUACGUCGAUGCCUGUGAGCCUUCCAUGUCGACCCUGCCCAUACACUACAUGCAUACUACAUUGUUUACCGCUUUCAAUUGAAAACAUUAACAGCAAAACGUUAUGUGGCAGCUGCGCUACAGGAUUACCAGCUAACCGAUAGUCUUCAUACUACGUAUAUGAAAACGAGUGGCCACUGCCACCAGGAAUAUCAGGAAUAACAAGCAAAACGAAGUUACAGCCCUAAAAUAUAUGGCGAAUGAAGUAUAAAGGGAAAAAGUAGUCGACACUUUUGAAGUAAUAAAAACGGAAUUGAGUUCGUUCGCCGCUACAGAAUCCUGUCGAGCCGCAUUUUGCAUUUCGCACAGCUCAACAGCCGCAAUACAAACUAAUUUCGCUGUUCGUCUACAAUAAUCAUAGGUAUUUUACUACAACAUUUUUUUCUUCACAACCAAGUACCGCAUAUGGAAACUAAAUUUGUAAACUGUAAUCGUAAUUGUUAAUAAGCUCAUAAAUAUAUUAAAAUUAUCUAUAGAAUAGUAGGUUUAAGUACAUACCUACAUAUGUAAGUAACCGUUUCCUUGCUAUAGUUUAAUGCGUAUGUAAUUAUAAACAAUUAAUAAUUAAAUAUACUACUAUCAAUUAGGAACUGUUGUCGAAUUUUUCCCCAAAGUUGCAAAUUUAUCUUAAGAUUGUAAUGAAUUUUUGUGCCUUUUAACUAUCUCAUGUGUACCGUAAUACUACAUUUAAAUUCGUAGGUACUCUUCUCAAAUCAAUUAUAGCGUGUUUAUAGUCCACUCUGUAUUAGUUAUAUAUUUUCUUGUACUAAAUAAUGUAUAAAAUACUGAUGUAAAAAAUUAUUUGUUAACAAAAUCCUUGCAUUAACUAUACUCGUGUAUGUAUAAAUAUCUUAUAUGUAUCUUAAAAGUUUGUAUAAACAUACAUACAUAUAGCAAACCAUCUUUAAAAGAGGCACAAUUGAAAAAUAAGAUCCGGAAAUACAACUGCGUGUGGAUCGUACAAGAUUCAACGCAUUUAACACGAAAACAGGUAUAACAAUAAUGAAGGAAAGAAAAUUGGCAUUACUUAAUUGAAAAUAAAUCCAACGAUUUAUUUUAUGCAAAAAAUCUACCAAAUUUUUGUUUGAGUUUUGCCUCUUUUGAAGAAGGUCUGCGAUAUGUUUGCUUAGCGCGUUUUAGAUGCUCAAAAACAAAAACAAA